CGCAUUCAAACGACUAGCGCCAUCAUUCCUGAUGCUCCUCGCUGUACUUGCUGGUUGCUACUACCUGAGCGAGAACUACACACCCCCUCCGAAAUCAGCUCGUAUGUUUCCAGAUACACCACCUGCUGCAGCGACACUUUACGCGCUCACUGGAAUAUUGUUCGCGUCCUUCAUAAUGGGCCGGAUCCCACCUCUCUGGAGGUCAUACAGUAAAUACAUGACGGUCGUACCUGCUUACCCAUACGCUCUCAGCAUUAUUGGCGCGACAUUCAGACACGACACGUUCAAACACUUGCUAUCCAACGUCGUAUCGCUCUGGCUCUUUGGCCUGAUGCUUCACGACGAUGUCGGGCGUGGAACCUUCCUAGCGAUCUACCUUUCCUCGGGUGUCCUGGGAGCUUAUGCUAGCUUGGCAUAUAACGUUGCGACCAAGCAAUGGAUGGCAUAUGUGUUCGGGGCAUCCGGAUCUGUAUUGGGAGUCGCUGCGGCGGCAUGCACAUUGCACCCCAACGCAAAAAUGCAUAUAUUCGGCUACGAUAUUCCCAUAUCUGCAUGGGUGUUCUUGGCCUUAUUUGGAGGUCUUGAACUUUCUGCUGCGAUGAGCCGAAUGACGACCACUAUCGACCAUGCUGGUCAUCUAGGAGGCAUUGUCAUGGGAAUGGCUGCUGCGGGUGCGCUGAGAGCACAACAGCAACGGUCUUCUGAGAUGCAACGCGUGGAGAAUCUGCCUGAGCUUGCGAACGAAGCCGGCGAAGAUUCGUAGAUGCCAACCGGUGAUGCUAUUGUAUCACAUACUUUCCGCCACUUGAGAUACCCAGAAUGAAAUCUUCCUCGCUCCGGUUUCGUCAUCACCGAGCUAC